UCGGUUUUUCCUCCUCUCUUUCUUCUUCUUGCUUCUUCCAUCAAUUAUCAGAUUCAGACCCGCUUGCCGCUUCUCAGUUGACCGUUUUCUGGGAAAUUUGGGCUUGCAUUACCGCAAACGCAAAUCUCAAAAAAGCAACUUUAUUUUCCCCUAAUUGUUUGCGGAAUUUCAUGCCCUUAUGUCUCUCAAUGCUUUCAAAGAAACCCUAAAACCCUGCAGCACUAAUUCGUCAUCGGGUUUGUCGCAAUCUUCAGUUUCUCGAGAUUUUGAGCCCACAAACCCGAGAAAGCCCCCCAAAUCUUCUCUCUCUCAACAGCUUCUACGCCUCCAAGAUUCUUCACUUACUUUGCCACAAUCACAGUCGCAAACUCAAAACCCUAAAACCUCUAACCCCCAAAUUGUCAACUGCAAUGAAGAGGAUGAUGAUGAAGAGGAAGAAGAGAAAGGGCUAGAGAAGUUUGGGAGACCCAAAUUGGAUCGAUUUCAGUUUGAUCAUACUGGACCCUUUGAGCCAUUGGUUUUGUCUUUGCAGGGGGAAGUUCCAGUUGUGCAGGUUCCCCCAUCUAUUAACUGCAGGUUGCUUGAGCAUCAAAGGGAUGGAGUGAAAUUUUUGUACAAUUUAUACAAAAACAACCAUGGAGGUGUUCUUGGCGAUGACAUGGGAUUAGGUAAGACAAUACAAACAAUUGCAUUCCUGGCUGCUGUAUUUGGAAAAGAUGGAGAAUAUGGUGACUCUAUAAGAUUGGAGGCGAACGAAGUACAGAAAAGAGGUCAUGUACUGAUAAUUUGCCCCUCUUCCGUUAUUCACAACUGGGAAAGUGAAUUCUCUAAGUGGGCAAAUUUCAGUGUUGCACUAUAUCAUGGUGCAAACCGUGAGUUGAUUGUACAAAAAUUAGAAGCACAUGAAGUUGAGGUACUUAUAACCAGUUUUGACUCGUAUAGAAUUCAUGAGAACAUUUUGUCGGAGGUUGAAUGGCAGAUUGUGAUCGUUGAUGAGGCACACCGGCUUAAAAAUGAAAAAUCAAAACUCUACAUUGCUUGUUUAGAUAUUAAAACCCGGAGACGUAUUGGCCUCACAGGAACCAUUAUGCAAAACAAAAUUAUGGAACUGUUUAACCUAUUUGACUGGGUUGCUCCAGGAUCCUUGGGAACCCGAGAACAUUUCCGAGAGUUCUAUGAUGAACCCCUAAAGCAUGGCCAGAGGUCAACUGCCCCUGAAAGAUUUGUCCGAGUUGCCGAUGAGCGAAAACAGCACCUAGUUACUGUUCUUCGUAAAUAUCUGUUACGAAGAACAAAGGAGGAGACGAUUGGACAUCUUAUGAUGGGGAAGGAAGAUAAUGUUGUAUUCUGUGCAAUGAGUGAAGUGCAGAAACGCGUGUACAGGAGAAUGCUACAACUACCGGACAUCCAAUGCCUGAUAAAUAAGGAUCUUCCCUGUGGCUGUGGGAGCCCACUUACCCAAGUGGAGUGUUGCAAGAGGACUGUACCAAAUGGAAUAAUUUGGCCUUACCUUCACAGGGAUAAUCCUGAAGGCUGUGAGUCAUGCCCCUUUUGCCUUGUUCUUCCUUGCCUUGUCAAGCUCCAGCAGAUAAGCAAUCACCUGGAGCUCAUCAAACCGAAUCCUAGGGAUGAACUAGAAAAACAGAGGAAAGAUGCAGAGUUUGCCUCGGCUGUCUUUGGUCCUGAUUCUGAUUUGGUGGGGGGAAAUGCACAGAAUGAGAGUUUCAUGGGCUUGAGCAAUGUUAAGCAUUGUGGCAAAAUGCGAGCACUGGAAAAGUUGAUGUCCUCUUGGGCUUCAAUGGGUGACAAAAUUCUUUUGUUCAGUUACUCUGUCAGGAUGCUGGACAUACUUGAAAAAUUUGUUAUACGCAAGGGCUACAGCUUUUCAAGGCUAGAUGGUUCAACUCCGACCAACUUGCGGCAGUCACUUGUUGAUGACUUCAACUCAAGUCCUAGUAAGCUGGUAUUUCUUAUAUCAACUCGUGCUGGUGGACUUGGAUUAAAUCUUGUAAGUGCAAAUCGUGUGGUAAUAUUUGACCCAAAUUGGAAUCCUGCUCAAGAUUUACAGGCUCAGGACAGGUCAUUCCGCUUUGGGCAGAAACGGCAUGUUGUGGUCUUCCGCCUUCUUGCAGCAGGUUCCCUUGAGGAAAUUGUUUAUUCGCGUCAGGUCUACAAACAACAGCUAUCAAGCAUUGCUGUCUCUGGGAAAAUGGAAAAACGAUAUUUUGAAGGCGUGCAGGAUUGCAAGGAAUUUCAAGGAGAGCUUUUUGGCAUAUGCAAUCUGUUCCGUGAUCUAUCUGAUAAGCUUUUUACGAGUGAGAUCAUUGAAUUACAUGGAAGACAAGGACCAGAACACAGGAGCCAUGCUGAUGAAAAGCAGGUAAUUACAGAGGUUGGGAGCGAUUCUGUUCCUUUUGAAGAAGCAAGUUUAGGAUCUCCGUCAGGAAGAAAGCCUAGUGAUUCGGAGAGGACUUUAAUAAGUAAACCGAUUCUUGAAGACUUGGGUAUCGUCUAUGCUCAUCGAAAUGAGGACAUAGUAAACCUCGGAGCAAGCACUCAGGGAAGAAUUGAAGUCAGUUUCUCUCAGAGUCAGAGCCUAGCUGAGCCAUGCUUCCCUCCUGUGUGCAAAAGGAAACGUGAUGGGGUGGCUGUGAAAAAGCACGUUCUCUCCUCCAAGGACCAAAAGAAGAUCCAAUACAGUCUGAUUGCCAAGUCCAUGUGCAUGGAUGAGAUCGAAUUUAGUAAGUGGGUACUCUCUGCAACUCCUUUGGAGAGGGAAAAAUUGCUCCAACAUUAUUACAAGAAGAGAAAAGAGAAGAUACCCAAUGGAUGAGGAACUAUAUCCUUGCAAAUCCGCGACGCAGGAAGUGUUGCAUUAUUACCACUUACAUAUUGUACAGUGUAGAUGUAUAGAUGUAUGUAUGCGCCUUUAGCGUAGUCAUUCUUUUCUCUCUCACAACAUUAACUUUAAUGAACAUUUACCCUAUGUUUCAGAACGUAAUUAUCAAAAAAAAAAAACCAUGUGAGUGUA